AUGAAUAAAGUCAAAAAUGUCAUGAUGAUAAAAAAUGUUCCUAUUCCUCUUUCCUUCACUAUGAAUAGAAAUAUGAGGAGGUUUAAUAUGGUAGAAAAUGAUAGAAGGAUUUUUUUCGCAUUUAAUGUGUUAUCUAUUUUUAUUUUUUCUCUUCCCAUUAUUUAUAUGUCCAAGGUUAACUAUAAAGGAUGUCAAGAGAAUGAAAUAUUAUACCAGAAAUUAGGCAAGUAG